AUGAGCCCACUUCCAUCUCGACAUUCCAUUGACGAUCCUUCAGGGCCACAGCCCGACACCACCAACUCCACCACCACUACCACUCAAGCAGCUUCCCUUGACAACAGUCACCCAGCAACGCAUGAAAAACCCAUUGAACAUUAUAAUAAUGAAUCAUCCCAUCCUCCCACUACUCGACAACAAAGCCAUCCUGAUUCGGUGCAUGAUGACCUGUUCUUAGAUCAAAACACUGUAGAUCAUGUUGUAUAUAGCAAAGAAACCACCAUCUCAGCAUCAGCGGAUAGCGAAAAUGACAUGUUCAUCAAAGCAUCAUGGCAACUCAAGGUGGUCAUUCUAUUGUGCAUGCUGGCAUUGCCAGUAGGGUGUCAUUAUCUCGAAGCGACGGUGGGCACUUUGAAAACAGCACUCAAAUCCAACAUGCACAUCAACAAUACUCAAUUUGGCAUCCUGGUAUCAUCUGUCACGCUUGUCAAUACAAUCCUGCCUUUACUUGCAGGCGUCUUUAUCGAUGAUUUAAGCAGCUUGGGAUCGAUCCGCGGCACAACGCUUGUCAGCGUCGUCAUUUUGAUUGGCAGCAUUUUCGUGUCCGUUGGCAGCUCCCGCAGUAGCUACCCUCUCAUGGUCACUGGUCAAGUCAUUUAUGGUUUGGGUGGCGGCAUGAUUGUAACUAUGCAAGAAGGUAUCUUGUCACGGUGGUUUCGGGAUCGUGAGCUUGCUAUCGUCAUUGGUAUCCUGCUAUGUUGUGCACGUCUCACCAAAUGGGCUGCGAAAAUGGUGUGCUAUCCAAUUGUGUAUUCCACCGGUUCACAUGCAUGGCCUUUAUAUGUGGCUACCAUUUUGUGUGGUGCUGGUGUCGUUAUGAAUGUGAUCUACUGGUUCGUGAUGGUGCGAAAUGGAUGGGCGACAUUGAAUGGCAAGGAGAUUGCACAACCCAAACACAAAUACCUUAAUCGCUUUGGACGCCAAAAUCGAGCAAUAACACCAGCACCAAGUCGUCGUAUGUCAUCUUCGGUCAUGUCUCAAAUCGCCGACACUGCAAUUGAAUCAACAACAGCACGAGCCGAAAGCGUCUCUUCCAAAUUCAAAUUCUCGUACAAGUUGUUUCUUUAUGUGCCAGGGACAUUUUGGAUGGUGCCUUGGAUCCAAUUGAUCAUGUCAAGCGUUCUCAGCAGCUUUGAUGAUGUUGCCACCGAGUUUGUCGAAUUCCGAUUUCAGACAACAAGCAUCAUGGCUGGUUAUCAAAGUAGCUUGACGCAAGUCGUUCCUAUUGUGGUUGCACCGAUUAUGGGAAUUGUCGUACAUCGCUAUGGCAAGCGAAUCACCAACCUCUUUUUUGCAACGCUUGUUUUGAUCACGUCGAUGAUAUUACUUUCAUAUACGUAUGCUACUCCUGCUGCUGGCAUGAUCAUAUUCUCGUUAGCCCUUGCCCUGGGUCCAGUAUCCGUAUUGAGCUCCACAUCGCUGCUACUACCACACGAGCUUGCUGGCACUGGCAUGGGAUUACACAAGUGUGCCAACAACAUUGGCACAACCAUUGUAGCAGUGCUGGUGGGCUAUGUACAAGAUUUGACGUAUCAUGAUGGCAAUCCGGAUGAUGAUAUGCGGGAUUUACAAAACGAGUACAAUGGUGUGAUGGCUCUUUACUUGGGCAUGGCCUGUUGUUCGACGCUGGUCGUUGGCAUAUUUUGGGUCAUGGAUCACAAGCUGCUGGGCGGCUGGUUACAAGCAGACAAAAAGGAACGUGACAAGAGGCUUGAAGUGGCCAAACAGGAACAAGAAGAAGAAGACCGUGUAUACCGAUACCCGUAUUAUGGAGAACCAACCGAACAAGCUGAACGACGAAAUACAGCUCUCCGUAGGAUUGGCAGCUUGUUGUUGCCAAAAAAGACAUACAAGUAUGUCGGCUUUUAUUGCUUUUGGCUCGUGGCCUCCUGGGCCGUCUUUUUCACUUUUGCAUUAAUGCCCAUAUACCAAAACUACCAAGUUUAA